GUUUACGUUUUUAAAGCGCUUGAAAUGUUCAUUUGUUUAAAAUUUCAUAACAUUUCAAUUUAUCCUCUUUAAUUAUGUUUAAAGUAACACUUUACGACGACACGAACAAAAGAUCAUACGAGCUAGAAUCCUUAGCUUCGAUAACAUUAGGUCGAGGUAUUUUUGAGUGUCAAGAUAAAAGAGUUUCGAGAAAUCACGGGUUAUUGACAGUACAUGAAGAAGAGAUAAAGAUUAAAGCGUGUCAUACCAAUCCAAUAUUUUAUAAAACCAAUGGAAGCAAUCAAAUUCAAGUUCUUUCAAAAGAUUCCGAAAUCACUCUUCACCAUUCCGAUAAAUUUAGCUUGUUGCCCAAAGAAUUUGAGUAUGAAGUUCGAGUGAUUCGGAAUGAGUUAUCAGAACAAGAAAAUUUGGCGGGAACAUCUGAAAAUGAUCGCUGUGAAGAAACUAAUGUGCAACAAGAAAUUCGUGUUCGAAAUGUACUCGAAAUCAAUGAUAAUCUGCAAUCUGGGUUAUUAAUAAGUUCAGAAGCUAUCGGCCAAAGUCAUUCAACGGAAGACGUUUCAAUGGAAGUUGAGAACGAACCUUCAAAGAACUCAGAAGCCACACGAAAACGAUCAUUAAGUAACGAUAAUCAAGAAGAUGAAAACAAUAAAAAAUCUAAACUUAAUUCUGAUGAAAAAUUAAAAGAUUCAAAUGUCGUCACAAGUUCUACAGCCGUCGCAGAUCAAAAAGCAAAUAAAAAUUCCGUUUUGACAACAGUGAAAGUUAAAACUGAACCAGAAAGUCAAGGAUCUGAUACCUUGGACAUGCCAGUGCCUUCAUCCUCCAAUUCUUCAGAAACUCCAGUCAUUAAAACAGAUCCUGAUUCUACUUCUAAAAUUGCUAUCAAAACUGAAAGUGAAAAUAAUUCACGUCCCGACUCAUCCAAUUCAUCAGCUACUGCACCACUCCGUCCAUCUUGUUCAUUUGGGAUUCGUUGCUAUCGAAACACUGUUGAUCAUCGUCUUGACACUGCUCAUCCAACAGACGUUGAUUAUCGUCGACCAGACUUUCCCCCAGCACCUGAUGAUGCUCCAGAUUGUCCUUUUGGUGCUUCAUGUUAUCGAAGAAAUCCUGAACACUUCCAAAGACUCAAACAUCCCCCGUCAUCUGUUUAUUCCAAUCAACCUCCUCCUAGAGUUGUUAACAUUAUUCCUGUACAGAAUCAAGUGCAAAAUGAUGAUUUGAAUGAUCACCAAGAUAGCCCUGAUGAAUAUGAGGAAGAUUUUGAUGAUAGUGAUUUUGAUGACAAUUACGACCCCGAUGAGAAUCACUCUGAUGACUUUGCGGAUGAAGAUGAUGAUGAAGAAAAUAACUUGGAAGAAUAAAAUUGAAAAACUUUUCGAUUUCCAUUAAAAAUGAAUAAAUUUAUAAAUUUCCUUUCUUAAAAGUAGACGAAAU